GCCGCACGAGCGGAGAUGCGGCGGGUCCCCCGGGCGGGGCUGGCGCUGCUGCUGCUGGAAGUGGGGGUGCGCGCCGCGCUGCUGGGACUCUUCCUGUUCACUGAGCUGCUGCCUCCUUUCCAGCGAGUCAUACAGCCAGAAGAAAUGUGGCUCUAUAAAAACCCCUAUGUGGAGUCUGACCAUGUACCCGCUAAGCCCAUGUUUUUCAUUUCCUUUUUGUCUCCCCUGAUCUUGAUUCUCCUGGCCAAAUUCUUCAUGAACGCUGACCAAGAGGAUACACGGGAAGCCUGCUUAGCUGCCAGCCUGGCCCUUACCCUGAAUGGUGUCUUUACCAAUGCUGUGAAGCUGGCUGUGGGCAGGCCUCGACCGGAUUUCUUCUACCGCUGCUUCCCAGAUGGCCGGGAAACCCUUCAGCUGCUGUGCACGGGGGACGCUCAAAUAGUGACCGAGGGGCGCAAGAGCUUCCCCAGUGGACAUUCCUCUUUUGCCUUUGCCGGCCUCGCCUUUGGCUCGUUCUACAUCGCAGGGAAGCUCCACUGCUUUGCGCCUGGCGGGCGUGGGCAGUCCUGGCGCCUCUGUGCCUUCUUGGCGCCCCUCUUUGUGGCGAUGCUCAUUGCUUUAUCCCGCACCUGUGAUUACAAGCAUCACUGGCAAGAUGUGCUGGUCGGUUCAGGAAUGGGCCUCGCAUUUGCCUACCUGUGCUACAGACAGCAUUACCCUCCUCUGACUGAUCCCGAGUGCCAUCAGCCACUGCAGCGCAAAUCCAGGUUCUCUGCCCCAGAAAGACAAAAGCUGACGGUCUCUGGUUUCAGCCUUGAUGUAUAAAGACCUCAGGAUCCCCGCUUGCAUGUCCUGGGUGCUGGAAAAGGAGGGAGGCCACAGCCUUCUAUGUUACUUUGUGCCUGGAAGAGGAGUGCGGUUGGAUCACACCAUGCCGGCAGUCCAGUUGGGGCUUUGGGAUCUGCUCUGGCCUUCCAAUCUGUUUGCACAGGGACCUAGGGAACAGUGCUGGACAUUGCAUGGCAAUUCUGGAGGCAAUUCUCUCCAACUUGACAGCAGGCCCUUCGCAGCUGGCCCAUUUCCAGCCCCGCCCAUGCCACUCUUAGUAAUGCAGUUGCCCUAAGCCAAAAGGCAAUCUGGUCCGGUCCUUUGCUGUAAGGCAAAACCAUCACCUGCAGCUCGCCUCCACACAGAUCAUCAGAGCUCCGUCCCAGCCAGGGUGUCUCUCCUACAUGAACACCACUCCCUUAAACAUGACCCAGGUUUUAUUGACCAGAAGAGUGGGACACCCUCAGUCCCAUUUAUUCUGAAUGGAGGAGAGCUGCUGAGAGCUUCUCUCUGUGGAAGGUUGUUGUGGUGCCUGGCAUAGAUGCCUUUCCCCCCUCAUGGCUGAAAGAAGGCACGCCAACACAAUUUUGGGGUCUUGUCCCUUUCUCUGCCCUUUUGUGUUGUACCACGCCCAGUGACAACCCUAUUGGGACUAGAGUUGAUGGCACAUUGUAAAAAUUUCAGAUGAGCCCACUGGGCCCUGAAAGUUUGGUGACCUCUUCUUUAUCUUCUUUAGCAUAGACAGGGUCCCUGAUCGGUUUUCUGCCCUUUCAGCUACCUCCAGGCCUUCUUCGUUCAACCUGUACAUUCCCCCCACAGGUCGGCUGGCUUUUUUGUUCAGAAACCUAGCAAGCCUAAAAGUGUGUGGUAGCGGAAGCAUUUGUGGAUCUGAGCCCACUUCCUCCAUCAGAUGCAUGAAAUGUUACCCUUGGCUGGUGGGGUGUAUGGUUCUCGGGGAAGCGGCAUGCAGCUUAGUUGGAGAGCAUAUUCGUUGCAUGCAGAAGGUGCCAGGAUCAACUCCUAGUGUCUCCAGGUGCAGCUGGGAAACAGCACCUGCCUGAAACCCUGGGAAGCCACUGCAGGUCAGUGAAGACAAGACUAUGCUAGAGGGACCCAAUGAUCUGACUUGGUAUAAGGCAGCUUCCUUUGUUUCUAUAGUCCUCUCUCAUAUAUACAUAUGAGAGCCUGUCAGUUGAACCUCGAGCAUGUCUACUUAGAAGUAAGUCCCUCCCAGUUCACAGGUGUUUACCCACCAGUGAGUGUCUUUAGGAUUGCAGUUGAGAGCAGAGCAAGAAAAUUUUGGGGCAAAGUUGCAGCUAAUGCAUGUUAUGAUGCAAUGGACUAAUGAAUGAAAGUUCUUGCCAUGAUGCAUUUGAUACCAUUUUUGGUACCAGAGGACUCUCUCUGCUUUUGUUUGCUGCAGCAGAUAAGCCCAGUUUGCCCCUCUGCCACUCAGAAGUAUCUUCUCCUUUGACCUCCUGCAAAAGCAGGUUCUGUGCUGUGCAGACCAGCUUUUCCUUGGCUGGAUUUAACUUUGUGCAUAUUCCAGAGGAUGGGUGCACAGAGAUGCAGCUUGGCGCCCUGAGAACUGAAGCUUCUAUUCUGAAAAAGGCAGUUGUGUCCCUAGAGCUAGGGGAAAAAGCAUAGAAGCUUUUUAUCUGUUGUCCACUUAGAAAAUCAAACAGUGCCCCAUGUAGCCUUUAGGUGGGCAGGGCUUCAAUAUAUUCCUCAUUUUAGACAGGUGGGGAACUUGUAGCUCUUCAGAUGUUGGACUACAUUGGCCACUAUUCCUGACCAUUCAGCAUUCUGGCCAGGGCAGAGGAGAUUCCAGCAACAUCUGGAGGUGCCACAGACUCCCCAUUCCUGCUAUAGGCUGUAACUAAGUGUUUCCCCACCCUCACUGCACAUACAUCCUGGUUUUGCACAUUUCCUUCCCUUGAUCCCAGCCCUGAAAAAUCUAGACUAUGAAAACCUGAGUCUUAGCAACAUUAACUUAUUAUAUAGAAUGUGGGUAAUUUAUUCUAAAUGUCAAAUGUGCACUUUUUCAGUGUUGAGUCAAUCCUGCUUUUAUCAGGUCAUUGCAGACUAUGGACUCCAGGCUUGUAGUGAUGUAUGGAACUUUACUGUGAGAAAAUCAUGUUCUUUAUCUGUUAAUGUUUUGUUAUCUUCCUAGUAGCAUAUCUUGAUUUCAACAAGAUUCCCCAUGAUAUUCUUGUUGACGGAUUGGUAAAAUGUGGGCUAGAUGAUGCUAGUGUUGGGUGGAUUUGUAGCUGCCUGACAGACUGUACCCAAAGGGUGCCCAUCAAUGACUCCUCGUUCAUCUGGAAAGAAGUGAUGUGUGGGGUUCUGUCCUGUUCUGUUAUUUGACACCUUUAUCAAUGAGUUGGACAAAGGACUGUAGGGGAUCUUUAUCAGAUUUGCAGGGGACAGAGCUGAAUGUAAAGUUCUGCAUUAGUUAGGAGGAAUAAGGCACUCGUAUACAAGAUGGGUGAUGCCUGGUAAAAAUGCAAAAGAUUCAGGGAUUUUAGUAGACCAGAAACUAAAUGUGAUCCCACAGUGUUGUGCAGUAUCUAAAAAGGCUAAUACAGUAGUACCUCCGGUUACGUAACCCUCUGGUUAUGUAAACUUCGGGAUGCAAAAACUGCAAACCCAGAAGCAUUUGAUGGGGUUUCGCCAUGCGCGCAUGCGCAGAAGCAGUCCUCAGGUUGCAGAAGCUGCGGGAUCCAACCGGACCUCUGGAAUGGAUCCUGUCUGCAACCGGAGGUAAAGGUAAAGGUAAAGGGACCCCUGACUGUUAGGUCCAGUCACGGGCGACUCUGGGGUUGUGGCGCUCAUCUCACUUUAUUGGCUGAGGGAGCCGGCAUACAGCUUCCGGGUCACGUGGCCAGCAUGACUAAGCCGCUUCUGGCGAACCAGAGCAGUGCAUGGAAACGCCGUUUACCUUCCCGCCAGAGCGGUACCUAUUUAUGUACUUGCACUUUGACAUGCUUUUGAACUGCUAGGUUGGCAGGAGCAGGGACCGAGCAAUGGGAGCACACCCCAUCGCAGGGAUUCGAACCACCAACCUUCUGAUCAGCAAGCCCUAGGCUCUGUGGUUUAGACCACAGUGCCACCCGCGUUGCAACCAGAGGUACCGCUGUACAAUUCUGUUGCAUCAACAGAAAGCUAAUAUCCAGAUUUCCGGAAGUAAUAGUCUGAUUUGCUCAUAUGUCUGCUAGGGUACUGUGUCCAGUUCUGGGGUUUAACAAGGAUAUUGUUGAGCUGGACCAUGUUCAAAGCAAGGUGACAAAGAUGUCUUGGAUAUCAAGUCCUCUGAGAAAGGGGUGAAGAAGUUGAGUAUAUUUUCCCUACUCUCUGGACAAUAUUAUUAAGAGGCAAUAUGAGAGCCAUUAAUAAACACUUGAAGGGCCAUCUCAUAGAACAAGGGAGGAGAGUCCUCUGACCCUCCAGGUGUUAACUGAACUACAGCUUCCAUCAUCCCUGGUAAUUGGCUGUGCUUCCUAGGGCUGAUGGAAGUUGUAGUUAAGCAAGCAACAUUGGGAGAGCCAAAACCUCCCCACUCCUGACGUAGAAGAUAGUAUGUGUUUGCUUACUUUUUCUCCAAAGGGUUGGCCCUGAACCAACGGGCUCAAAUUCUCAGAAGGGUUUUUGACCAGCUAGCACAGGCAUCCCCAAACUGCAGCCAUCCAGAUGUUUUGGCCUACAACUCCCAUGAUCCCUAGCUAACAGGACCAAUGGUCGGGGAAGAUGGGAAUUGUAGUCCAAAACGUCUGGAGGGCCGAAGUUUGGGGAUGUCUGAGCUAGCAGGAAGAACUUCUUGAUGUUACAAGCUGCUUGGCAGUGGAACAAACUAUCUCAGAAAGUGGUGGGCUCUCAUCCAUAAGAGGUUGUCCAGCAGAGGUUGGGUAGCUCCCUGGGAUGGAUAUUGUUGCACCAUAGAUGAUAAUUGAGGGCCUAGCCAACUCUAUGUGUUAUAGCCAAUUACGUUCUGUUUAGAGUAGACCCACAGAAAUAAAUGUCCUAAGUUAAUCAUGCCCGUUAACUUCAGUGAGUCUACUCUUAAGUAGGACUAGGAUUGACUACAACCUGACUCUAGACCUUAGCAGGUUGCAAAAAAUGAAACCCAUUGACCCAUUAUAGUAGACUUUCGCAAAGAAAUGCCCCAAAAUGACUACCUCUCAAAUAAAUCAUUAACCUGUUCGCCAACAGUUGCAUGUAUACAACCUGCUGCUCUCUGCAUCAGGAUUUGUGGAAACUGGGGCACAAAGCCAACAGUGGAAUUGCAAAAGACUUAACAAGCUGUCUCAAGGCUACUGUUUAAAAUCAACGAGCUUAAGAGGCGAAACUCAGGAGAUGUGCAGUUGCUGUGAGCUCCCAAAUUCCCCCUCUGCAGCUUCCACCAUUUGCAAGGUGGUUUUGGUGAGGGCUGUGAUGAGGUCUCUGCUGCAAGGUCUCACUCUCAGACUUUUGCUUCCUCUUUGAAACCGUCUUGCACGACAGCAGCUCUUAGGUGGCCAGCUGUCUACUUUGCAUGUGCAUGCACCAUCAUGCUGGUGUUCUUUCCCUUCCGUGGAGUUCACGGGGAGCUGUAUAUUGUUGUAGACUUAACUGCUUAUGACCCCUGCUCUCAGUGCUGGAGCUCGUCCUUCAAAGACGCACUGGCCUUCAACCAUGUCCACGGCAUUUGUUGGUUGGUGCCUGUGCUAGGAUUCAGCCGUUGUUAAGUUGGUGUGCUUGGGACAGAGCCAGAAGUUUCUUAAUGCUGAGAGCAGAUGGCGGUACCGUGACCACAGGCUGGUUCAUCUGUUUCUCUGGGAUUUGGGACCUUAAAUCUGGAGAGGUUUCCAAAUAGGUGUUUUUCUUUCAGGGGACUUGGUAUGGCGUGGGGGAAACACCAGCAGCAUAAACUGCCCUUUCUGCAGGGUGGGCAUCCCUCUGAGUGCCCCCAUAGAAGGGGUGAGGGAGAGGUGAUUAGCACAAGGCUUCCCUCCCUCUCUACAGAAGUUGUUCCACAAGCAGAAUGUCACCUUGCUGCUCUUUGUCGUACUGGAUGUGCCACGUUGUCUUUCUGCUUGUUGUCACCCAAAUAAAAUGGUCCUCGCAUACCCCUAAAUAGGAUAGCAGAAGGCCAUAACUGGCAUUUACCUACAUCAGGAGCGGCAGGCUCCCAAUGUCAAUUGCCCUUUCUGGCUGAGGCUGGUGGGAGCCCAACUACAGCAGGGCUGGCUGCCCAGAUGUUGUCGAACUCUGAAACAGAAGUCCUUCUGUUUCAAGUGUAUUUGAAGAAGUGUGCAUGCACACGAAAGCUCAUACCAAAAUAAAAACCAAGUUGGUCUUUAAGGUGCUACUGAAAGACUAUUUAAGGCAGGAAUAGCCAACGGUUUGCUCUCAUGAUGUUGCAGGACUGCAACUUUCAUCAUCCUUGACCUGUUGCUCAGGCUGGCUUAGGCCGAUGGGUGUUCUAGCCCAACAACUAUAGGAGGCAAGCACACAAACUACUUCUGGUUUAAGCAAGGUAACAGUGGCAGGGAGAUGGUGGUAUUUCUGUGCAAAAUGGGAACUAUGCACACACAUAACAUAGGCUA